AUGAAGUCGUCGUAUAAAACUCUCAAGAACACGGCAUUUAUCCCAAAUCAAAGCCGUCUUCAAGCGGCUGUCACGAGUCACCAAUCGAAUACGCAGAAUGUGAUGAAGCGGAAAAUCCGCGAGGAGGAUGGCGUUGAAAGAGACCAAAUGCUAAAGGCGAGCUACUCACUGCGCAAUAAUGAACGCCGUGGUCGAGGGGAGACUUCGGAGCAAGAACAGCGUGGGUGCUUUUUAAUUGAUGGACUUCGUUUUGCGUCAGAGUCUUGGACUGGAAUGAAAAGUAGCAACGAGGAUCGGCACGUAUCCUCCGUUGAUUUCUUCCCUGGCCCGGUAUUUGGCAUUUUUGAUGGUCAUGGUGGAACAUUUUCAGCGGAUUUUUUGUCGCGGCAGUUGGUGAAGACUGCUGCCUCCGUAAUAAGACAGGGUAUCGGGGAAAAAGCGUUGACUGAUAUACGCUGUUCUCAAUAUCAGUCAGGUCAAGAGAGAGCUCGUAAGGAUGCUAUCGCUGCACAAGUAACGAUACUGCGUCAGCAGCUUGCACAAGUGGAAACGAUGAGGUCAAACACCGCCGUUGAAGGCUCUGAUGAUGACUUGCGCAUUCUUGUCGAGCAACUUACCGAUGCUAUAUCACAGAUGGAUAACGAAAUGAAGCGAAUUGAUGCCGAGGAAGAAGUACGUCGACGAAAGAGGUGGCAGUGGUUCAAUCGACAGCAUAGUUGCUUCUUGCAAUCGUUCAAGGAUGCCUUCGAGCGAGUCGAUUCACUAAUUUUACAAAAGAAUCCAUCACAAGAUGGAUCUACUGCUCUCUUAGUUUGGUUCUUAGUUGACUCAGUCGACUUAAUGGACGGAAACACAGUGAAAAGCACAGAUGAAGAUGAACAAGCACCACAUGAGGUGAGCUUUUACACAGUGAACGCAGGCGAUUGCCGUGCAGUCAUGUGUCGUGGUGGUCGAGGUGUGCCACUCACAAGUGAUCACAAACCCGAUCGCGUGGAUGAAAGACAGCGUAUUGAAAAAGCAGGUGGCUUUGUGGGCAAGAUUGGAGGUGUUUUUCGUGUGUAUUCAGCGGCAGGUUCUGGGUUAUCUAUGCAACGCGAAUCUUCUACGUAUCUAGCGGUAUCGCGUGCACUUGGGGAUCGAUAUCUGAAGACUCCAACGCCACUUGUGUCAUGUGAACCAGAGGUGACGCGAUACCAAGUGCACACUGACGAUUUAUUUCUCGUUUUAGCUUGCGAUGGUGUUUGGGACGUCUUGAGCGAGCAAGAUGUCGUUGAUAUUGCACUGCCACACUUUCACGAUCCCAAAGCUGCCACGAACGCGAUCACAAAGGCUGCCUACAAGAAAGGAAGUGUUGACAAUCUCACAGCCACAGUCGUCCAGUUCGGAUGGAAAACCGAUGGUCAGCUACAGCAAGCGAUCAGUGACAGUCAAGCGACUAAACGGAGCAUCUCUAAAAGCACAAGUAUGGCUUCAGCAGAAACACACACAGAGGAGGAGAUCGACAUGUUCAAUCUAUGA